UUUCUCAUCAACCGCAGCUAAACUCCAAAAGAAGAAGAACUUCACGCAAGCGCACUUGGCACAGGAAUACACGGACCCGCGUUAACUAGCGAGCAACGAUGUGCUCGGUGAUUGACAGCCGGUCGUCGCCCCUGUCGCGGGUCCUGUUCCUGAGCGAGACGGGCAAGCCCAUGCGCUUCUUCAUGAGGCCCGGCGCCACCAAAACCCAGCUGCAGCCAAUCAUCAGCGCCGGUGGCGGCGUGGUCUGCAGGGUGCAGGAGCCGAACGCGAUCCUGCUGCUGGACCCGGAGGAAAUGAACGAGGGCUUCGGCGGCGCUGCGGCGCUGUACGUUUCCACGCAGUACGUCCUGGACUGCGUGGAGAAGAACCAGCAGCUGGAGGUGGACGACUAUAGAUUCAGGGACGACAGCGUGCAGAUCGCGCCCGCCAAACGCAAGCGGGAGGCGAGCGGGCGCAUGGGCUACUCCGCGGAGGAGGACGCCGCCAUCCUCGGCUACGUUCGCGGUCGCGUGCGCGAGGUGUGCGGCAACCGCCUUUGGAAGCAGAUGGAGCGGGAAGCCGUCACCACGCACAGCUGGCAGUCCAUGAAGGACCGGUACCGCAAGCACCUCUCCACGCAGCCACUAGAGGGCGACACAGAGCCAAAACAAACGGCAUCGACCAUCAAACUUUUUACUGUGCCCUUGCAACAGAAUGAUCCCGCUCAAUCGCCGCACCGGAUAGACCUGCUUACGCCCUCACCUGAGAAAGCACAACCGCCGCCCUCACCUGAGACAGCACAACCGCCGCCCUCACCUUCGAAAGCAGAACCGCCACCCUCACCUGAGGAAGAAAACACAAACCGUUCACCUGAGCAGACACGCCCACAACCCUCUGCUGAGCCAACUGGCCCUCAACCCUCACCGGAGAGAUCCCGCCCACAACGCUCGCCCAGGAAAGUGCACCCGCCCCCGCCCCUCGACCAAUCGCAUCCUCAACCUGCUACUGAAGAAAGCGCUCCGCCGGCUUCGUCUGAACGAACCGACCCACCGACACUCGAGAGAACGUCCGAGGCGGUCCGACCGCACUGUUUGGCUGGAGAAGGCAGCUCAGCGGGAAAAGAUGAAGCAGGCCCCAGUACUAAGUCCACAGGGAGAAAUGGACAACUGGUGGACAUGGAGCAAGUAGUGCAAGACGAUGAGGAAGAGAGACCUUCACCCAAAAAGAGGAAAUUGGGCAUCCUGGAGAGAGCGGUGAUGGAGUUUGAGGAUUUGGACGAGAGUGAUGAUGACACCCCGGACAUAGCUUUAAGCAGCGCUACUACAAGUGCUGAUCGCAGAAAAGGUCUGGGUGAAGAGGUCUCGGCGACGACAUCGGCUGUGGUUAUCCAGGAAAACGAUGAGGAGGAGGAGGAGGAGGAGGACGACAACGAAGACAGGAAGAAGCGCAACGCCGAGCCUCGGCCUGAAAAGGCCCCGGACGUCCAGACGGGGCCUCCGGACAAAGACAAGGGGCCCGAGGUUAAUCGGGAAAAUGUUGAUGAGGACGACAGUGAAGACAACAGCAGCAAGGACAAUCGCCACAACAACCACAGCAAGGACAAUGGUGACGACAGCAACAGCAAGGACAAUCGUCACGACAGCAACAGCAAGGACAAUCGUCACGGCAACCACAGCAAGGACAAUGGCGUACCUCAGGCUGCGAAGGCCCCGGACGUCCAGCUCGUGUCUGCUGACCAAGACACGGGGGCCACGGCCAGUGGCCUCGCCCCACGGACCUCUGCGCCCGUCACCUCCAAGGUGCACCUGUUCCUGUUUGACCGCGAGUCGCAGGAGGAGGAGGAGGAGGAGGAGGAGGAGGAGGCGCCCCCGUUCACGCAGGUCCAGCUGGAGGGCGCCCGGCGGCAGCUGCACUCCCUGAUGCAGGAGUCCGGGCGCGGCCUGGAGAGCGUGUCGAAGGCCCUCCUGAAGACGGGCGGAGACGCGGCGGCCGCCCUGCGCUACCUCCGCGGCGGGGCGCGGCGGCGCCUGUGGGACCCGCGUGACGACGGGCUCCUCGCCCCGGCCGGCCCCGCCCUGCUCGGCCUGGAGCGGAAGUACGGGAAGGGGGCCGUGGCCCGGAGGCUGGCGUUCCUGGACAUGGAGUGAAACGGGAUUGGGCGAAGCGCGAGCGGCCGUGGGCGAUGUCGGCGGACUCCCCCGCUCCGCGGCCCGUUCUGUGCUGCCGGCGCGCGGCCUUGGCAUCGCUCCGUCGUCGCUGUUCCCGUUUUCUUGUUUUGUCUGCGCCCGUUUCCCGAGCUGUGUCAACGAGACCCUGCUUUGUUUAGACGUCUCAUGCUCGCCUGUAUUCCCAGCGCUUGAUGCAUAUGUCACCUGUUUUUAAAUUAUAACCAUUUUGUUUAAAAAAAAAAAAAAAAAAAAAACUAAAAUAUGUAUAGGUUUGUAGAAUGUAUUUUUUAAAUUUUGGUAGCGAUUUAAACAUUUGUAUAAACCUAUGUUAUGGCAUUACAUUUUUUAAUCUAUUUCCCCCUGUUCUGAGAACUAAUUUUUAAGUGGCAGCAAUUUUGUACAUCAGUAGUCAGUAUCAGUUUUGAGAUUAGCUAUGCUAUGCAUAUGCUACGUAUUGUCAUCAAAUGGACUAUUACAAAUAAUAUUCAAUUUCAGCCUUUUAGAUAUAAUACUGUUCUAAUAAUAUUCUAUAAGGAAGGAUGGUCAUUAGGUGGAAUGGGGAGAUUUUGGUAUUAGUCUUAACUAAAAAAAAAUUGACAAAUUACCUUCUGCAGAAUUAUUGAAUUCUGACAAUAGCUUCAUAUUAUAGUUAUAAGUUGAUGUAUACAGUAUCUUCAACUCCUAAAAUAAGUUUAGGACUAAGCUUAAAAGCUCAAUAAGUUGACCUAAGCUUUGAUUUGUACUACCACUACAUUUGCUGUGAAACAACGUUUUUUUUUUCCCAAUUGAAAUUUGUUUGAGUAUUGGCAAUAAAUACAAAAAAUGCUACAUUACAA